CGAAGGUUGGAAAACACCCAAAGCUGGCAAAAACCAAAUAACCUAAAAUAAUUUACGGUUACUACUACUACUAUUCACGAGGGCGGCUUUUAUAUUAGACAAUACAACUCUCUCUCUCUCUCCCUCUCUCUCUCUCUCUCUCUCCUUACUUAACCAACAUCACCACUCUUCUCUUUUCCUUUCAUAAUUCCUCCCACAGCUUUUCCAUAUCCAUUUUUCUCUCCCAUUUUUCAUAUUUAUAUAUAUAUGUCCAAUAUGGAAGCUCAAGAGGAAUUAGUAGUUCUUAAGAAGGAUCAUCAUGAUGGUGAUCAUGAUGAAAUGAUGAUGAUGAGACAAAACAUGAUGAUGAUGAUCAAAGGGAAGCGCACCAAGCGUCCAAGGGCACCAACCCCGGUUCUAAUUUCCCCUCCAAACUUCACCCACAUGGCUUCAAGCUCUUCUAGUACUGGUGGCGGCAGCGGCGGAGCCGGUGGUGGUUUCUUUUUAGCUUCUCCAACUACCUCCUCCACAGAAAUAACGGAAACUGUUAAGACUACGGAGGAGGAAGAGGACAUGGCUAACUGUUUGAUUCUUUUGGCUCAAGGAGGUCUACACGGUCGCCGGACCUCACCUGAAAAUGAUUUCCCGGCGGCGGAGACAGCGGGCGGGAGUAGUGUUUAUCAAUGCAAGACAUGCAACAGAAAUUUCCAGUCGUUUCAAGCGUUGGGAGGGCAUAGAGCGAGUCACAAGAAACCUAAAACGACAGCGAAUAUUGCUGAACAAGAGAAGAAAACGUUGUCGUUUCAAGUGGUCAUGGACGAUCAGGAUCAUCAUCACCAUCAUCAUCAUCAUGAACAAUUGAUCGUCAACGGUAAUAGUACCACUAGUACAGCUCUUUCGUUACAAAUAUCCAACAAUAACAACCACAACAGCGGCAUGAAUACAAAUACUACUAAGGUUCCUAAGGUUCAUGAGUGUUCGAUUUGUGGAGCCGAGUUCACCUCCGGCCAAGCUUUGGGUGGACACAUGAGGAGGCACAGAACGACGCCGUUUAACAACGCACAAACGACGACGACGACAACCAUGACGACGUCGUUUACGAGUAGUACUGAUGAUGAGUUAUUGAAGAAUAAUAACAAUAACAAUAAGAUGAUGAUGAUGAUGAUGAUGAAGAAGAAGAAGAAGCCAAGACAUGUUCUAGAGUUAGAUCUUAAUCUACCGGCACCGGAUGAGGACCACCGCCGUGAAACUAAGUUUCCGUUCAACGCCGCCGCCAAGGAACAAGUCAUCGCCUUCUCAGCCUCUCCUCUUGUGGAUUGCCACUACUAAUUAAUCAUGAUCAAGUGAAUCAAGGGCCAUACAAAAUUAUUAUAUUCAUCUUUUUUUUUUUAAUUACGAGAUUCAUUAUUCAUUAUUGGUGGGGCUUUUCUCACCCCACAAAAAAAGAAAUUGUGAAUUAAUAUCAAUUACUAUUGACUUCAUUUUUACACAUUAUUAAUUAAUUGUUCGUUCUUUUACAUCAUUUAAUAAUAUUACACAUGUCUCUG